CAGAAAAGGAACGCCUUCUUUAAAGCUCUCGUUUUCUACUUUUGCUCCUCUUUAUUUCACUCUCUCUCUCUCUCUCUCUCGUCUCUCCCCACAAGAAGCCAAAAGCCAACUGUUUCUCCAGAUUUUGAGGAAAAACAAAAGGAAAAUUCUUUGUUUCUCUCUCUCUCAGAGACAACCCUUUCCUUGUACGGAUGAGACAUGAAGAAACCUCGGAAUGGGCCUUCCAUCGUGUACGUGACAUGUCGAAGCAACUGCAACAACAGCAGAGGCGAGGAAACCAAGACCAACGGAGACAACAAAGACAGCAGCAACAUCUCCUCCAAUAAUGGAAGGAGUUUCUAUGAAGUUUCCUUGUCUGUUAUCAUCUCUCUUUGGUGCCUUGUUUUCUUGUUCUACUCUAGACUUGGUCUCAGCCAUGAAAACGGAGGAAAUCCACAUCCUGAGAACCAAAUCUCGUCUUCUUCUAUUGUUUGCAAUGAUAAGCUUUGUGAUGAUGCAUAUUCAGGUGUUGCAAAUAGAGGUGAUAAUUGUUCAGAUGGAAUGCUGCUAGAGCUUAAUAAGUCAGUGCACUACAACAGGUCCGCUGCUUAUGAGCAGUUUGUGAAGUAUGAGUAUUCCCUCCGCGAAACAAAUAGGCUUGAAGAAGUGAUUCUAAGAGAUUUGGGUCACAUGUCUUUCCUCUGUGAUGUACAUGAACAACAGGGCCAGAAUAGAAGUAAAAAAAUGGAACAACCUAAUGCUAAAAGUCCUUCCGCUUAUCUCAAUCUUGAUGAGUUCCGGAACAUAACAAGGCAAGCAAGAAGUGAGGAUCCUCCAGGCAAACUAAUUAAUAUCACUCAUCGUCUUGAAACUGAUGGUUCAGAGUACAAUUAUGCCUCUGCAAUGAAAGGCGCAAAAGUGGUUGCGCAUAACAAGGAAGCAAAAGGAGCGAACAACAUAUUGGGAAAGGAUCAUGAUAAGUAUCUAAGAAAUCCUUGUUCUGCAGAAGGAAAGUUUGUUGUGAUUGAGCUGGCAGAUGAGACUUUGGUUGAUGCAGUCAAAAUUGCUAAUUUUGAACACUAUUCUUCAAACUUCAAGGAAUUCAAGUUGUCUGGUAGUUUGAAUUAUCCCACUGAAAUAUGGUCCCCAUUAGGGAAGUUUGUUGCUGCUAAUGUAAAGCAAAUUCAAACCUUUAAGCUGUCAGAACCAAAAUGGCUGAGGUAUUUGAAACUGAAUCUACUCAGUCAUUAUGGAUCAGAGUUUUACUGCACACUGAGUGCUGUGGAGGUGUAUGGUGUUGAUGCAAUUGAGCGGAUGCUUGAAGAUCUGUUUGAGCCAUCUGAUCAACAUGUUCUCACAAAAUUGGCAGACUCUAAUUCAACAGGGCCUUCCGCAAAACCAGAUGUCCGUUCCUUUGAUGGCAAAAAAAAUGAUGAGGCUCAAAAUGGGGCCCAGACUGCUCUGUUAGGCAUAGAAAAUGCUGAGGAUGUGCAAAAGCUCAAUGAAACUGUGACAAAGAAUCCUGUGACAACUAGCAGGGUUCCUGAUCCUUUAACUGACAUUAAACAGCUUCCGGUUGGCCGAAUACCCGGUGACACUGUUCUGAAGAUCUUGAUGCAGAAGGUUAGGUCUCUUGAUUUGAAUUUAUCUGUUUUAGAAGAGUAUAUCAAAGAAUUGAACCGAAGAGAAGGAGAUGUUUUACCAGAGAUCAAUAAGGAGUUAUCAAGAUUUUCUCUGCUUUUGGAGAAAAGCAGAACAGAAAUAAAAGAAAUUAAGCAUUGGAAAGAGAUGACGGAAAGAGGAUUUGCGGAGCUCGAAUUAUGGAAAGCAGCUGUCUCUUCUAGUGUAGAUACAUUGUUCAGAGAAAACCGCAUGUUAAGAUUAGAUGUUGAAAAGAUUGUACGUGAUCAAGCAAGUUUGGAGAGUAAAGAACUUGCUGUAUUAGCUGUAAGUCUUUUCUUUGCUUGCAUUGCUAUUCUCAAGUUAGUUUCAACCAGAGUUGCAACAAUUUUAGGAGCCAAUCAGCCCGAUAAGGUAUGCCGGACGAGCAGAGGUUGGGUUUUAAUUCUUGUAAGCAGCAGUAUGACAAUAUUCAUUACCUUGCUCUCUAGCUAGCCCCCCACCCCCUUCUUUUUCUCUAGGGUGUAGAAAAUCAGGUUCUUUUUUGUUUCUUCUUUAACUAGCAUUUAGUUUAAACCUCACUGUAAGUAUAGCUAUGUGAGAGAAUCUGGCUCUGUUUUUUUGUCUCUGCUAAUGACUUCUUGUUCAUAAGUUCAUCUUGAAACCAGCAAUGUCAUAUUGAAUAGACAGAUUAUUUUCCAGAGUUGAACGUUUGA